GGGGGCCGGGCCAGCGGGACCUGUCUGUUUGCUGUGUUCUGCUUUUAAAGCAAACUCCGUUUCAUUUCGUGGGGCGUCUUUUGUUGGAUGAUAGAGCUUCUUGCCCAUAGGGCUUGUGGAGUCUCCCUCACUGGAGAUACUCAAGAACGGUCUGAAUGCAAUCUGAAUGCCGUGUGCUCUGGGAUGACCCUGCUCGAGUGGGGAGCUUGGACCAGAUGACUCACUGUGGUGCCUUCCAACCUUACCCAGUCUGUGAUUCUUCAGUCCCCCUGGUGCUGCUGGCGGGUGAGACCGGGGAGUUCCUCCCAAAUUGACGCUUCAGACAGCGCUGCCUCGGAAACCUUUUGCGUGUCUGUAAUGAGAUUUGCAGGGAUGAUAUUACCACCAGGUCAUAAUUGGAGACAUACACAGAAAGGCACAAAUCUGUGUAAAGCUGUACGGGAAGAGUAAAGUAAUGGGGAAAAAAAACCAACCCAAACUGUGAGGUAACUCUCCAUUAGGCAUCAAGAUCACUGAAAUACCAAUUGCAGAAGCAGACAUGAAAAGAGCUAUAUCAAGCUCCCAAGGUGAUAUACUGGCUUGAAGAUUUGUACAGCUUUGCUGUUCCAUGUGAAGGCAGUGGUUAGUUGAAGCUUCUCAUAGGGGAAGUCCUGUCUCAUUUGUAGGAAGAAGAUGGGACCCCUUUUACUUCUAAUAAUUUGUCAGUAUGCCAUAAACAGUGUCAAAACACACAGUGCUUCAAAUCCCAAUAUCAUUUUGCUGAUGGCUGAUGAUCUUGGUAUUGGAGACCUGGGAUGUUAUGGGAACAAAACCUUAAGAACCCCUAAUAUUGACAGGCUAGCAGAGGAAGGAGUGACGCUUACUCAGCAUAUAGCAGCAGCCCCACUUUGCACUCCAAGCAGGGCAGCUUUCCUGACAGGGAGAUAUCCUAUAAGAUCAGGAAUGGCUGCCUUCUCACGAGUUGGUGUCUUCUUAUUUUCUGCCUCUUCCGGAGGACUUCCUUCUGAAGAAAUAACUUUUUCCAAUCUCCUGAAACAGAAAGGUUAUGCAACCGCUCUAAUAGGAAAGUGGCAUCUUGGGAUGAACUGUGAAAGCAGUAAUGACUUCUGUCACCACCCCCUCAGUCAUGGAUUUGAUUACUUUUAUGGGCUUACUGUGACCAAUUUUAGAGACUGCAAACCUGGCCAAGGCAGCGUAUUUUUAAAAGGGGUUCAGAAAGCCCUUAUCAUCCCAAUCCAAAUCGCUGGAAUCACCCUUGUCUCUUUGGCUAUAGCGCGGUACAUCGGCCUCCUCAAUGUACCUUUCCAAGCAUUCUGUUACUGCUUGUUAAUAAUCACAAUUUCACUUGUGGUUUUGAUAUUUUUCUUCUAUCAUUUUCGACACUUAAACUGCUUCUUAAUGAGGAAUCAUCAGAUUAUCCAGCAGCCACUGUCCUAUGAGAACCUUACUCAGAGGCUGACAAAGGAAGCCAUGCAGUUUAUUGGAAGGAACACUGAUGCACCAUUUCUUCUUGCCUUGUCUUAUCUUCAUGUCCACACUGCUCUGUAUGCUUCAGAAAAUUUCAGAGGAAAGAGCAAGCAUGGCUUAUAUGGUGAUGCAGUGGAGGAAAUGGACUGGAGUGUAGGACAAGUUCUGGAUGUGCUGGUAAAACAUAAUCUGAGUGACAAAACACUUGUAUACUUUACAUCUGACCAAGGGGCUCAUGUUGAAGAAAUUUCUAGUGCUGGAGAAGUCCAUGGAGGAUACAAUGGCAUAUAUAAAGGUGGAAAAUCAACAAACUGGGAAGGAGGUAUUCGUGUGCCAGGUCUUCUCCGUUGGCCUGGAGUGAUACAGGCUGGUGCCUAUAUUGAUGAGCCAACAAGUAACAUGGAUAUAUUUCCUACCGUAGUCAAACUUGCGGAGGCACAGUUACCCUCUGACAGAAUUAUUGAUGGACAUGAUCUGCUGCCCUUACUUCAAGGAAAAGUUACUCGAUCAAAGCAUGAAUUUCUCUUCCAUUACUGUAAUGCAUAUUUAAAUGCAGUGCGCUGGCAUCCAGGAAACAGUGAAUCUGUCUGGAAAGUCUUCUUCUUCACUCCAAACUUCAGUCCUGAGGACUCCAAUGGUUGCUAUGAUUCUCAUGUUUGCUUUUGCCAUGGAGGAUUCAUUACACAACAUGAUCCCCCACUGCUCUUCGAUCUGUCCAGAGACCCUGAAGAGAAAGUCCCGCUGACUCCAGAAACUGAGAGCCGUUUCUACGAAAUCCUCAGGGUCGUUCACCAAGCGGUAGACAAUCACACCAGAUCCUUGCAGGCUGUUCCUAACCAGCUGUCAUGGGACAACCUUCUCUGGAAGCCAUGGCUCCAGCUCUGCUGCUCAUCUGUCUUUCAGUCUUGCUAUUGUGACUAUGACUCAGGAGGGAGUCCGCUGGAAGUGCAUUCAGGAUAAACAAGCUGCAAUUUGCUGUCAGAAACUGGAACGGAAGAAUGUGGGUAUCUGACUUGAACCAGCGUGGUACUAGCCUUCCAGAGGUUUUGUUGUAUUAGAUGAGGACCUGUCUUCAAAGACACAUUGCAGUAGAAGAAAAUUUCAGUCAAGAAAAUGUGCCAAGAAAGGGAGGAUGAGACACUGCUUUUCUACCUUUAUCAUACAGCAUGAAAAACAUGUUGCCAUCCUCAUCUACAAAUGAGUAGACUGUAGGCGUUUUCUAUGUGAGAUAAUUUUCUAGACCUUCAACUUCAGCUUCUUUCUUACACAGCAAAGAAUUUAGCUGUGGUUUCUGUCAAUCACAACAACUAAAUGCACACUUUCCUGUCCUUUUUGCUAAGUGUUAUCCACCAUUAGUAGGACAUAACACUGAGUAAUUAAAGAGAGAGAGAUAAUAGUGGAGAGGUCCACCUGUGACUGUCAUUUGGUAACUGAUAGAUAGGUUAAUAGCAGACUUGCAACAUCAUCUUUAUCAACAAGCAUCAUGGAUAUGAAAAAAUUAACAGACUGCCAACAGUCUAACUUUGUAUGUGCCAUAAAAAUGUACAGAGCUAUGUAGUGGAAGUCGUUGUGUCCAUAUUAAAACGAUGCUCCCCAGCAUCCCUACUGUCCUAUUGCAUGUCAGCAACCUUUGUUUAUCAGUUGUGCACUUGAGUGUGUACCAUAAGUCUCCAUAUAUAUAUAUAUAUAUAUAUAUAUAUAUAUGUGCAAGCCAAAUUAAUAACCCACAAAUCCUUCAAUCUCUGAUACAGGCACACCUUUAUGGUCGUAGCCCAGUUGAUAAAAUAAAAGGUUUGGUCUGUACUUGAUAUUUGAGUUCCAAAUACACGAUCCUACAAAUAUAUCUUUCACUAUCUUUACCAUACCUAUUCUUCCAUUGAUGAAUGUAAUCACAAAUAAAUAAAAUUUGGUCUUCCUUUAAAUAUCUUUACCAUCUUUUAAGAUUUCUGAAUAGGAUCUAUGAUUUUCUGAAAAUAAACUUGGGCUUCAGUACUUAAAGCCAAAUAUAACAGUCUCUGAGUUCUUAGCAAGGCCUUGGGAAACCUACUGUUCUCCAGGGAUAAUUUCUGUGUCCGUUUUUAGCUGAAUCUUAUUCAGGCACAUUUUGUUUCCACUCCACAGGCAGACAAGCUAUUUUCUUUGGAAGAUUGUAGAUGAAGAGAACAUAUCAGCAAAAUACUAAAAUGAUUUGAUGCCUGAUAAUAGAGGGUGACUUGCUCCUUAUCAGAAAGAAAC